AUGCACAAGCUGCAGGUGUUGCUGCUGGUGGUGGUGUGCGUGGCGGUGGGCCCCAGCCUGGCCCAGAUCACCUUCUCGCGCUCGUGGGUGCCGCAGGGGAAGCGCUCGGGGGUCGCGGGGGCCCUGAUGGCCACUGAGGGACCUGCUCACCUGGGGGAGAGCUGCCACGGCGCCUACGUGGAUGCCCUCAUCCAGGUCGCCGCUGUGGUCAAUAGCUUGAUCAGGACGGCCCAUGAAGCCAACGCGGUAGAUUCUCUUCUCCUGAACCCAAAGGCUUCCAGAUAAGCCUUCUGCGAUACCAGCUGACUGAUAGAUAGAUUAACUAACUGAUUCGGUUACUGAGGAGGUGGAGCUCGAAGAACGCGACAGCGGGUCUUGGAAGGAGAGGAAACUUUGGAAGCAACUGAAUUGAGAUAAUUUAGAAAGCUUUCAAGCAAAGUGAAAGCAAAAGACAGAAAGGAAAUGAGAUUAAGCGACACAUGAACAAAGAAAGUUAAUGAAUAAGAUCUAUAUUGUAGAUA